CCUCCUGCAAGAGACCUCGGCUCCCCUGCCCCACCACCCCAACUUGAUUUCUUUCCAAUCCCUGGGUUGAGGUGAGCUCCCACCUCUCUUAGCCCAAAGCCCUCCUCCCCCCUCCCUAAGAAAAUCGAUCUUGGCUCCAUUCGUGGCUGAGGUCCGCCACCCCCAUUUCCCCAGAGAGCGUUAGAUUUGUUUAUUUCUUUAUUUAUUCCCGGGGCCCAGGCGUCUGGGACUUGUGGCUGUGCAGACCCAGCCGGGAGUGAUAGGCGAAGACGGAGAGAAAUCAACCUCCCGCCGCUGCCCCCCAGUCGAGCCUGACAGCUCGCGGUUCGGUUGCGUGACUCGUGACGUCUCCAAGUCCUAUAGGUGCAGCGGCUGGUGAGAUAGCCCGUAUUGCCUGGUUGCCUCUUUAUUUUAUUGGGGUAUGCCUGGUAAUAAACAGUAAUAUUUAAUUUGUCGAAGACCACAAACCAACUGUGAGCUGGGAGGUACAUACUACUCUUGACAGACGCUGGAAGAAGGCUUGCCCUAAGAGGGGGUCUCUUUUGGGGGGUCCUUUCUAAACUCUUCACCUGAACAACCCCUUACUAGCCAGGCGUCACUCACUGGCUUCCGCGCUGGAAAGAAGAGGUGGGAUUUUUGGAGAGCAGGACCCAGAGCGGUCACAGGGCCCUGGGCUCACCAUGGCCGACGGAGACGAGGGCUUUGGCCUGGCUCACACACCCCUGGAACCAGACUCAAAGGAUCUACCCUGUGACUCAAAACCCGAGAGUGGGCUAGGGGCCCCCAGCAAGUCCCCGUCGUCCCCGCAGGCCGCCUUCACCCAGCAGGGCAUGGAAGGGAUCAAGGUGUUUCUCCAUGAAAGAGAACUGUGGCUGAAAUUUCACGAAGUGGGCACAGAAAUGAUCAUAACCAAGGCUGGCAGGCGGAUGUUUCCCAGUUACAAAGUGAAGGUGACUGGCCUUAAUCCCAAAACCAAGUACAUUCUCCUUAUGGACAUCGUUCCUGCCGAUGACCACAGAUACAAGUUCGCCGAUAAUAAAUGGUCUGUGACAGGCAAAGCGGAGCCUGCCAUGCCGGGCCGCCUCUACGUGCACCCGGACUCGCCGGCCACUGGGGCGCAUUGGAUGCGGCAGCUCGUCUCCUUCCAGAAACUCAAGCUCACCAACAACCACCUGGACCCGUUUGGGCACAUUAUUCUAAAUUCCAUGCACAAAUACCAGCCCAGAUUACACAUCGUGAAAGCGGACGAAAAUAAUGGAUUUGGCUCAAAAAAUACUGCAUUCUGUACCCACGUCUUUCCUGAGACGGCGUUUAUUGCAGUGACUUCCUACCAGAACCACAAGAUCACCCAAUUAAAGAUCGAGAAUAAUCCCUUUGCCAAAGGAUUCCGGGGCAGCGAUGACAUGGAACUGCACAGGAUGUCAAGGAUGCAAAGUAAAGAAUAUCCCGUGGUUCCCAGGAGCACAGUGAGACAGAAAGUGGCCUCCAACCACAGUCCCUUCAGCAGUGAGCCUCGUGCUCUCUCCACCUCAUCCAACUUGGGGUCCCAGUACCAGUGUGAGAAUGGUGUGUCCGGCCCCUCCCAGGACCUCCUGCCCCCACCUAACCCGUACCCACUUCCCCAGGAGCACAGCCAAAUUUACCAUUGCACCAAGAGGAAAGAUGAAGAAUGUUCCACCACAGAGCAUCCCUAUAAGAAGCCCUACAUGGAGACGUCACCCAGCGAAGAGGACCCCUUCUACCGAGCCAGCUACCCCCAGCAGCAGGGUCUGGGUGCCUCCUACCGGACAGAGUCAGCCCAGCGGCAGGCCUGCAUGUACGCCAGCUCCGCACCGCCCAGUGAGCCGGUGCCCAGCCUGGAGGACAUUAGCUGCAACACGUGGCCCAGCAUGCCUUCCUACAGCAGCUGCACAGUCACCACCGUGCAGCCCAUGGACAGGCUACCCUACCAGCACUUCUCCGCUCACUUCACCUCGGGGCCCCUGGUCCCCCGGCUGGCUGGCAUGGCCAACCACGGCUCCCCGCAGCUGGGGGAGGGAAUGUUCCAGCACCAGACCUCCGUGGCCCACCAGCCUGUGGUCAGGCAGUGUGGGCCUCAGACUGGCCUCCAGUCCCCGGGCAGCCUUCAAGCGUCCGAGUUCCUGUACUCUCAUGGCGUGCCAAGGACCCUGUCCCCGCAUCAGUACCACUCUGCUGUGCACGGGGUCGGCAUGGUUCCAGAGUGGAGUGACAACAGCUAAAGCGAGGCCUGCUCCUUCACUGACGUUUCCAGAGGGAGGGGAGAGAGGGAGAGAGACAGUCGCAGAGAGAACCCCAAGAACGAGAUGUCGCAUUUCACUCCAUGUUCACGUCUGCACUUGAGAAGCCCACCCUGGACACUGAUGUAAUCAGUAGCUUGAAACCACAAUUCAAAAAAUGUGACUUUGUUUUGUCUCAAAACUUAAAAAAUCGACAAGAGGCGAUGAGUCCCAACCCCCCCUGCCCCGCCCCCACCACCCACCACCACCACAGUCAUCAACUGGCCACAUUCACACGACCUCCAGAUGCCCUCCGGAUUCCUUCUUUUGGUCUCCAGAAAGUCUUGCCUCAUGGAGUGUUUUAUCCCAAAACAUAGAUGGAGUCAUUCCCUGUCUUGGUGUUACUGUUGACAUUGUUAUAUAAUAAAUAAUAAUAUAUUUUUUCUUUCAAUUUUCUUAAUGGGACCCAGUCCCUUAUUUUGGGGGAGGUCUGAGGCAAAUACGUUUCAACAUACUUGCUUGCGGGGUUCCCCCCAACACACAUACUCCACCCCCCCAAAUCUAAAUUCACCGAGCCUCCCCCUUAACUAAGAAAUUACCUACCUCUGCCACGUGAUGUUUCUGCAAAGCUUCCUGGUGUCCCAGCUUCUGUCUGCUUUGGUCCUACCUGCCCCCUCCUCAAGGAGUCUAGUUCUGCCUUCUCCCCACCAGUGGAGUCAGGAUAAGGCUGGAAUCCAUCGGGCGUCCCAUCUUACCCAGCCCUCCAGCUGUCCCAGCUCGGUGUCUUUCCAGCCUGCUAAAAUGUGGCCUAUAGCUUCUCUACCGGAAAGAGUGCUUUGAAAAACUUAAAAAGCCCCGGUUUACAUUCGGGCAGAACUGUGAUAAGCAAGGCGAAAGCUCUGUGCUGACAAGCGUUGUGAAAAAGCCAAAGUAAAUACUUGUCCCCAUUAAAAAAAAACAAAAAAAAAAAAACAAAAAAA